AUGCCCUUGCCUGCGCCUGAUGUCCCGGCCUCUCAGAGGCUGGCACUGGACUGCCGUACCCUUUUGGACCAUCGUGUUGGCAAGGGGGUUUGUGGUUGUUGCGGGGCACUCAGGCCUCGGUACAAGAGACUGGUAGACAACAUCUUCCCAGAAGAUCCAGAGGAUGGACUGGUGAAGGCCAACAUGGAGAAGCUGACAUUCUACGCCCUGUCAGCCCCGGAGAAGCUGGACCGUAUCGGAGGAUACCUGUCUGAGAGACUGUCGAGGGAUGUUGCACGGCAUAGAUAUGGGUAUGUGUGUAUAGCCAUGGAGGCCCUGGACCAGCUUCUGAUGGCCUGUCACUGCCAGAGUAUCAACCUGUUUGUGGAGAGCUUUUUGAAGAUGGUGCGAAAGCUGCUGGAAUCAGACAAGCCGAGCCUGCAGAUCCUCGGAACCAACUCUUUUGUAAAGUUUGCCAACAUAGAGGAGGAUACGCCAUCCUACCACCGCAGUUACGAUUUCUUUGUGUCACGCUUCAGUGAGAUGUGCCAUUCAAGUUACGAGGACCCUGACAUCCGCACUAAAAUCCGCAUGGCAGGCAUUAAAGGUCUGCAGGGUGUCGUCAGGAAGACUGUCAAUGACGAGCUGCAGGCCAACAUCUGGGACCCUCAGCACAUGGACAAAAUUGUCCCCUCGCUACUUUUCAACCUGCAGAGUGGCGAGCGAACGGAGAGCCGCUCGCCGUCUCCGCUCCAGGCGUCGGAGAAGGAGAAGGAAAGCCCGGUGGAGCUGACGGAGCGCUGCUUCAGGGAGCUGCUGGGACGAGCCGCCUACGGCAACAUCAAGAACGCCGUCACGCCCGUGCUGAUGCACUUAGAUAACCACUCUCUAUGGGAGGGCAAGUCUUUCGCCGUGCGUUGCUUCAAAAUCAUCAUGUACUCCAUCCAGUCCCAACACUCUCACUUGGUAAUCCAGCAACUUCUUGGCCACCUGGACGCCAACAGCAAGAACUCUGCCACAGUUCGGGCUGGGAUUGUGGAAGUCUUACUGGAGGCAGCUGCCAUUGCCGCUAGUGGCUCUGUCGGCCCCACGGUGUUGGAGGUGUUCAACACUCUGCUGCGGCAGCUCCGUCUGAGCGUGGACUACGAGUUGACCGGCUCCUACGACGGCAGCACCAACAUCGGCACGAAGAUCAUCAAAGCUCACGAGGAGAGGCAGCUGCAGGAGGCCGUCAUCAGGACCAUCGGUUCAUUUGCCAACACUCUACCAACCUACCAGAGGUCAGAGGUCAUGUUCUUCAUCAUGGGCAAGAUCUCUGUCCCCGGAGUUCACCUUGCUCUGCCCUCCACUAGCUCUGGACCUGAGGGCACCAGAAUGAUCCAGGUUAUGUUGCUCAAGUCGUUGGUGCAGGUGACCGCAGGUUACCAGACCACCAACAUGCUGACAGCACUGCCCACCUCCUUCCUGGAGCCGCUGCUGUCGCUCUCUUUAACCGAGGAUCCAGAAGUCCGCCUCCUGGUGCUGCAGAUCCUCCUCAGUCUCAUCGACCGCCACGAGAACCGGCCCAAGUUUUCCAACAUAAGCAGCAUCUCUGACAUCUCCGUGCUGAAGCUCAAAGUUGACAAGUGUUCCAGACAGGACAAUUUAUUCAUGAAGAAGCACGGCCAGCAGCUGUACAGACACAUCUACCUGGGCUGCAAGGAGCAGAGCAGCGGCCGGCAGCACUACGAGAGCCUCUUCGCCCUGCUGGGUCUCCUCAGCGUGGAGCUGGCCAAUGAGGAGGUGGUGGUGGACCUCAUCCGGCUCACACUCGCCUUGCAGGACCUUGCUCUGUCCACCGAUGAGGGUCUGCCUGUUUAUAACCGCUGUGCUGUGCACGCUCUUGCCGCUGCCUACCUCAACCUCAUCUGUCAGCUCACCACCGUCCCCGCCUUCUGCCAGCACAUACACGAGGUUAUUGAGGUGAGACAGAAAGAGAUCCCUCACCUUCUGCCUGAAGAUGUUUUUGUGGAUAAUCCCAAGCUGCCUUCCUCGCUGGAGAAGGUGGAAGGAGAUGUUUUAUUCCUGCAGUCAAAGAUUACCGAGGUGCUGGGAGGAAGCGGUUACAACACGGAGAGACUGGCGACGCCUUACGUUCCGCAGUUCACAGAUGAGGACCGCCUUUCCAAAAGGAAGAGCAUCGGAGAGACCAUCUCGCUUCAGGUGGAGGUGGAGUCCCGGAACAGCCCUGAAAAAGAGGAGAGGACACCAGCGGAGGAGAUAACAUUUGAAACCCUUAAAAAUGCCAUCGUGGACAGUGUUGGUAUGGAGGAGCAGGAGAGGGAGCGCAGGCGGCAGGUGGUGGAGAAGUUCCAGAAAGCCCCCUUCGAGGAGAUAGCUGCCCACUGUGGCGCCAGGGCCACACUACUGCAGAGCAAACUGAACCAGAUCUUUGAGAUUACAAUCAGACCCCCACCCAGCCCGUCUGGAACCAUCUCCUCAGGUUACGGCCAAAGCCAAAACCGAUCCGUACCGAUUUACGAGAUGAAGUUUCCCGACCUUUGUGUGUACUAAGCAAGAGCAUCGCACCGACGCACCUGUCUCCACCUGUGAGGAUUCUCGCUGUAAGAAUGACCUGAAACGUGGAAUUAGACGACCCCAGCGCAUGUGGGUCAAACUGCAACUGAAGAGCAAGCGAGCGGACUGAGAUUUCCUUUAAUCCUUUGAUCGCAGCCAAAACAAGCCAACUAUUGUCAAAUAAUUGCAGCAAGUAGAACAAACUAGUUUCCCCUGAUAUCUGGAGAAGCUACCGGUCGGGUUUUCUACGUAGAAAUGGCCAUGCAGUCCAGUCAUGCUAUCUUACAUUACUAUUAAAAUAACAGAAUUCAUUUCAUUGUCAUUGGCUGUGGAAAGAGCUCAGUCAUUGCAUGCAGUUCUAAUUAGGAACAUUCGACGGCGCGUCCAAGUCUUGGAUGUCUUUCUUCAUCAACUAAGUCAACACAUCUCACUUUUCAUGGUGUUGUAGUAUUUUUUUUUUUAAUUGAUUUUACCGACCAAGAAAAGUGUUUUGAAUUUACAAGCAUUUUUAACUUAUUUCCAGUGCAUUCUUGUGUCAUUUGAUGGAUUAGUCCGAUCUCAUUCCUUUUUAUCUGCCAUGUUACUCAGCUCUCGAACGUCAUUCCUCAAAGUUGUAUUCUUUUUUUCUAUAACCAUAGUUUUUGUUUUGCCUUCUUAGAUUUAGCCAAAAGUGCUUUUUUUGUCUUUGAUGCCAGGCACCUAUUUAUUAUUAUUCUACUUGUUUUUGUUUGUUAGUUUUUUUUUUUGUUAGGUUUUUUUUUUGCUUUAGCCUGUGGUUUUACUAAGAGGUAACUGCUAGUUAAAAAUCACAUAGAGACGCACUGCUUCACUGUCCCGAACACACUAAACUCUCCAAGCGUUUACCGAACCGUUUACCAGAUUAAAAAAAAACUAGAGUAUAAUUCUUUAUUUUUCUCCUCCCCGUAUAAAUGUGUAUAUACAGAGAGAUAUAUAAAUCUUUACGCUGAUGUACAGAGUAGGGAUGUUUUAUGUGCGUGUGCGUGCGUGUGUGUGUAUGUUCAGAUUAAGACUGUCACUGUCCUGGAUGUAUAGAAGAAAUCCACCUAUCCAGAUACGUAUUGCUAAAAUCUCCAGGAAGUAACCAGCAAACACAUGACACCGUAAUGUCUGAUCAGUCCGCUACAAACAAUUAGCUUCACUCUAUUUCCUCGAGAUCAUGCCAAACGGCCGAGUCCUCGGAAGAAAAAAACUAAUCGCAUUGCCAUAAGAAGCCACAGUUUGCCACCCAACGUGUACGGUUGCCAUUACAUCGUCCUCAACGCGGCUGGAGGGAGCAGCCGCCGCUGCCGCCGCCUGAAAGCCAUUUUGCGUGCGUGCGCGCGCACAAACGCAGACAUUGACAGGUCCAAAAACCAAGUAUAAUGGCAAUAACUCUGCACGAGCCUGACAAACGCGGUCGAACUGUAGGUAGCAGAUCCUGUUGUGUUCUCGGUGAAGCCUCCCGUCGUCGUGGUGCCGUGACGGUUUGGUCUUGUGACGUUUGCAGAGACCCCCCCCCCCCCCCCCUUCCCUCUCCGUCGCUUCUGUGGAUGGACCGCAUGGCGUUACAGCCGUCACCUUUAAUGUCGGUAUCUGAUUCGUCUCCGUCGUGUGUGUGUGUGUGUGUGUGUGUGUAUAGCAGUUGAUCUUUUCUUCUGUUUUUCUACGGCGUGGUGUCCUCUGUGUGUGUGUGUAGUUCUGUCCACACGGUGUCAGUUCGCCCCUCUUCCAUCGGUGUGUGUGAGUGGUCUUAUCUGUGUGUCUGCGUGUCUUCGUCGUCGUCGUCGUCGUUAUACCCGAGGCCAAACUCUUCGGACUUCGUUUACAGUUUCGUCUAACUCUUAGACUCUUUCCACAACUCUUGGCAAAGAACAAGCCACUAACAAGCAACGUGCAGCUGUCCGCACCUUCCAGUGACACCUUGUAAAGUUGUCUUUUGAGCAUCGUGGACCCGGCAGUGGAAACCCGUAAACCUGUUCGUCUGCGUGUCGUCAUUGCCCUUGUGUGAUGUUAACGGUAACCCCAAGAUUUACUUUCUUCAUUACAGGUCCGGAUAAAUAGAGCUGUUUACAUCGUAGUGCUGUAGGUCAAAUCUUUAUUCAUUCUGUGAACUUUGCACUUUAAAAACUGGAUUACCUAGUGACAAAGGCAGCUUUUACAUGGAGAAAAUGCCUUACGAUGUGUCAUACCCGACUUUGCAUGCUAGUGAUGUUGCUGUGUUGUAGAAUAAAUCCAUCUCUAACCAUGAAGGCUC